UCCCCCUCCUUCCUCACUCACGCACUUUUCCCUCUAUAACAGCUCAAAAUAAAGUAAUUUCACAACUUUCCUGCCGUCAUCAAAGAAAACUUGCUACUUUUUCUUGAUCCCCAUGUUGUCUCCCACUCUCCUCCUCCACUGGCCUUCUUUUAACAAAAGAGAAAGAUUAUAACAAAAUUCUCACAGGGGUUUCCUUCAUAAUCCUCCCUUUCUGCAGCUUCUCAUUGAAAAGGAUUAUGAUGAAAAAUGUCUACUACUACAACUACAAGUAAUAGCACAAAUUCUACAGCAACAACAUUCAUCAAAUGUGUAACAGUUGGUGAUGGUGCUGUUGGGAAGACAUGCCUUCUCAUUUCUUACACUAGCAACACCUUUCCAACUGAUUAUGUUCCAACUGUUUUUGAUAACUUCAGUGCGAAUGUGAGUGUUGAUGGGAGGACUGUAAACUUGGGAUUGUGGGAUACUGCUGGUCAAGAAGAUUAUAACAGACUGAGGCCUCUUAGUUAUAGAGGAGCUGAUGUUUUCCUACUUGCCUUUUCUCUCAUAAGUAGGCCUAGCUUUGAGAACAUCUCGAAAAAAUGGGUCCCAGAGCUAAGGCAUUAUGCCCCAUCAGUGCCCAUUGUCCUUGUGGGGACAAAACUAGAUUUACGAGAGGACAGGCAGUUCAAGAAGGAUUAUCCAGGAGCAUGUACUAUUUCCACAGAACAGGGCGAAGAACUGAAGAAGCAAAUAGGAGCAGUGGCAUAUGUUGAGUGCAGUGCUAAAACACAGCAGAAUGUUAAGGCCGUCUUUGAUGCUGCAAUCAAGGUAGUUCUGCAGCCUCCAAAGCUCAAGAAACUGAAGAGAAAAUAUAAAGUUUGCCGCAUACUUUAAUCAGAUUCGCUAAAGUGCUGACAUAUGUUUGCAAGGAUGAAUAUUUGUUGCUUAUAUUCUUUUUCUGGUCUGUUGUGACUUUCGUUCUUAGUGCAUGGGGUCGGUGUUUCAUCUUCCCCGUCCCCACCUAGCCACUACUCCGUCCACAAUGAAAUAUGUUAGUUCUUCAUAUCUAUGAUGGGAUCCCAGUAUUGUGGUUGUAGAUGUUAUAACGUGUAGGAACCCUUUUCUUGUCUUGGCUUUUGAGCAAUCAUGUGUAAAUGAAUGAGCCUGAAAAUUUUAACUCGUGUGAAUUUAUGAUUAUUUUUGGUUUGGAGGUUCGGUGAGUAAA